AUGGCCACACGGUGCUCUUCUGCUUUGAGGGCGAUUGCCCGCACACAUCGCGUGGCUCGCCCCAGCGCAUUCGCGAGCUCGUCAAGAUGUCUCGCAACCGCGACCGCAACGGACCCAUCAUCACCACCUCCGCCGCCAGCACCCAUUGGAGCCGCUGACCCUAAGCUGAACAAGAUCGUGGAUGACAUUUCUGGUCUUACGUUGCUGCAGGCGGCCGAUUUGGUCGCUCUCCUGAAGUCAAGACUGAACAUCCAGGAGAUUGCCAUGCCGGCAGCUGCGCCGGCCGCGGCCCCUGCACAGGCAGAGGCAGAGGCACCGGAGGAGAAGCCAAAGGAGAAGACAAUGUUCAACGUCACGCUCGAGUCCUUCGACGCCGCUGUGAAGCCCAAAAUCAUCCGGGAGGUGAAGGCUAUGAUCCCCAACUUGACCCUCAUCGAGGCCAAGAAGUUUGUGGAGUCGCUGCCACAAACGCUCAAGACGAACGUCAACAAGGAGGAUGCCCAGAAGCUGGAAAAGACCUUCAAGGACAUCGGAGCUGUCGUCAAGCUCGAUUGA